AUCAAUCAUAUAUUCAUAUGGGCAUUUCUGGUCUUUUAGCAACCCCACACUCACACCCCCACGCUUUCCUGAAUCUUCUUCCAUGGCCGUCUCGUCUUGCUCGCUUGCACUUCCGCCGCAAACAGCAGAGCCCCUCUUCACCGCUGCGUCUUCUCUCGCACCACCACUUUCAGUUCUCUCUUACCCCCCUUCGCGGCUACUCAAACCCCGCAAUUUCUGCUUUUCUCCCCUACUAUCCACUACAUCUCUGCUUCGAGUGAAAUCUAAACCAAACGAAGCAGAAGCCAUUCCUCUUGCAUAUACCUUUACUGAGUUCAAGCACUUGCUCCUUCCAGUCAUAGAUCGUAAUCCUUAUCUUACAGAUGGUACAAAGCAGGCGACAUCGACAAUUGCCGCUUUGGCAAAGAAAUAUGGGGCUGAAAUAACAGUUGUAGUUAUCGAUGAAAAGGAGAAGGAAACAUUGUCGGAGCAUGAUACUCAACUAGCUAGUAUUCGUUGGCAUUUAUCUGAAGGGGGCUUCCAUGAAUUCAAGCUGUUAGAGCGACUGGGAGAAGGAAACAAGCCAACUGCAAUCAUCGGAGAGGUUGCUGAUGAAAUGAAUAUGGAUCUGGUGGUUAUGAGCAUGGAGGCCAUCCACUCCAAGCACGUUGACGCGAACCUGUUAGCGGAGUUCAGCCCUUGCCCCGUUUUGCUUUUGCCUCUAUAAUAAUUGUUGGCCGUGGAAGGUAGUUUUGAGUUCCGGAAUGUCACUGGAUUAUUAGAAAUUGUUUUUCCAUCUCUUUCUGAUUUAACUGGCUUUUCCAUGGAACCAACUACCAUCGACUCAUCAAACUAGUUACAACAGCUUUUGCUGUUGUUAUGUUUUGGAUUAUGUGUAUAUUUUUUUGAUCAACUUUUUAUUCCGUUGUUCUGUUUGUUUUUAGUUUUUAAAGAAGCUUGAGUUUCUAAAAA